UUUUCAAACAAAUACACACACACACACAUAUACAUAUAGAAAUUGUAUAUACAUACACACACACACAUAUAUACAUAUUGUAUAUUAUGAAUAUAUAUUUAUAGUUAUACAUAUAUAUUGUUAAGUUUUUGGAAUUAAAAAGAAGAAAAAAAGGUGUUGAAUUAUAAGAAGAAAUGGCAUUAUUAAGGAAAUUGUUCUAUAGGAAACCACCUGAUGGACUAUUAGAGAUCUGUGAAAGAGUUUACGUGUUUGAUUGCUGUUUCACCACUGAUGUUUGGGAGGAAGAAAAUUACAAAGGCUAUGCUGGAGGUGUGAUUAGUCAACUUAAGGAUCAUUACCCUGACGCACAAAUAAUGGUUUUUAAUUUUCGUGAGGGUGAGUCGCAGAGCCUGAUGGCAAAUAUUCUGUCUGAGUAUGAUCUGACAAUAAUGGACUACCCUCGGCACUAUGAGGGUUGUCCCUUGCUUUCAAUGGAGGUGAUACACCAUUUUCUGAGAUCUGGUGAAAGUUGGCUCUCACUUGGGCAACAAAAUGUGCUUUUAAUGCACUGUGAACGGGGUGGUUGGCCAGUUUUGGCAUUUAUGUUGGCUGCAUUAUUGAUAUACAGGAAACAUUACACUGGAGAACAGAAGACCUUAGACAUGAUUUAUAAGCAGGCUCCUCGCGAGCUUUUGUACUUGCUGCAGCCACUGAAUCCAAUUCCUUCUCAGCUAAGAUACCUACAGUAUGUAGCCAGGAGGAAUGUGAACAUGCAGUGGCCUCCAUUGGACAGAGCACUCACUUUGGAUUGCAUCAUUAUUAGGGCGAUACCUAAUUUUGAUGGCGAGGGUGGUUGCCGGCCAAUUUUUCGUAUCUUUGGACAGGAUCCAUUUCUAGUUUCUGAUCGAUCGCCAAAAAUUUUGUUCUCAACUCCAAAGAAGAAUAAAGUUGUCCGUCAUUACAAGCAGGCAGAAUGCGAAUUGGUUAAGAUUGAUAUCAAUUGCCAUAUUCAAGGCGAUGUUGUGUUGGAAUGUAUUUGCUUGCACGAUGAUUUGGAGCGGGAACAGAUGAUGUUUAGGACCAUGUUUAACACAGCUUUUAUUAGGUCAAACAUUUUGAUAGUUAAUCGUGAUGAACUUGACACUUUAUGGGAUGCUAAAGAUCAAUUUCCAAAAGAUUUCAGAGCAGAGGUUCUUUUCUCAGAGAUGGACACUGCUGCUUCUGUUCUUCCUGUAGAUUUGUCCUGUUUUGAGGAGAAGGAUGGCCUACCAGUGGAGGCAUUUGCCAAGGUUCAGGAGAUCUUUAGUUGUGUGGAUUGGAUAAGUCCGAAGGCUGUUGCUGCUCGUAAUGUACUCCAACAAAUAACCACUUCAGGUUUAAUACAGGAAAAUUUGGAAUCCACUCCUCCCCAGUAUACAGACAUUAGCAUGCUCCUCGAUCAAACAAAUUUGGAGACGCCCGGAGAGAAGAAGGGACUCGCACUAGUGGACAAUAAUGCUAAAGGCUCGUCACCAUUUAUGUUGGACCAGCAGUCUAUAUCAUCCAUCAAAUCACCGUCCAAAGUGCACCAAAGCGACCAACAGAAAGCUGAAUCUCAAUUUGUUGGGACCAAAAGUGAGAUGAAGGUGUCAAAAUUGCAGCCAUCAAUUCCUCUUUCAGAACCUUCUCCUGUUGACCUUAGUACAGAACCUAGUGCUUCUUCUGUGUCAUCACAACUAUCUCCAUAUGUUCUCCCAACGUCGGAGCGUCCUCCGCUUAUAAAAGAGUUGGAUCCUCAUGUACGAGAAUGUGGUGAGCCUAAUGACUUCCUUUCCCUACCUGAAACCAGGACGCCGCCAUUCAAGGCCAGUAUUCCACCUCCACCUCCACCUCCACCUCCAUCCUCACCCUUACCUGGAAAGGGUCAGGGUAUUAGUACUGGACUAUCUCCAUCACCAGCACCGCUCACUCCUCCUGUGAAGGAUAAAUUAGUCACUGGAACUGUACCUUCUGCAUCUCCGGCUACUCCACCUAGAACCCAAGGUCCUCCAAUUGGAUCCUCGAAGGAUGACACACCUACUACAUCUCAACCAACAGCACAGCUGUCAGCUCAUGAAGGGGAACCUAGUUCACCUCCUCAUCUUACUGGAUUAUCUCUAUCUCCUUCGCCGGUGGCAUCAUCUCCGCACACUCCUCCCGUGAAGGAUAAAUUAGUCACUGGAACUGUACCUUCUGCAGCUCAGGCUACUCCACCCAGAACCCAAGGUCCUCCAGUUGUAUCCUUGAAGGAUGAUAAACCUACUACGUCUCAACCAACAGCGCAGCAGCCAGCUCAUGAAGGGGAACCUUGUUCACCUCCUCAUCUGACUGGAUUAUCUCUAUCUCCUUCACCGGUGGCACCAUCACCACACACUCCUCCUGUGAAGGAUAAAUUAGUCACACGAACUGUACCUUCUGCAGCUCAGGCUACUCCACCCAGAACCCAAGGUCCUCCAAUUGUAUCCUUGAAGGAUGAUAGACCUACUGCUUCUCAACCUGAUACAUCUCUGCUUCCUCGAACAUCGCAGCAGCCAGCUGAUGAAGCUGCUAAAAGGGAACCUACUCGACCUCUUCAUCCUUCUAGAAGUUGCCCUCCAUCUCUUGCGCCUUCUAGUUCCUCUUCUCCAUCAGCUGCCACUCCAUUUGUCAAACCUUCAGAACAAAAAAUCGUCCAUAGUAGUAAUUUUUCAAUAUCACCACCGCCUCCGCCCCCGCCACCUCCACAAUAUCCAACCCCUCCAUUGAACGAGAAUGUUGCUUCUGUUGGUGGAUCACCUCAGCCACCUGCUCCUCCUACCCCACCUUUGAAGGAACAUUCAAUUUUCAGAGGUGUGCCAUCACCACCACCUCCUCCUCGAGACUCAUGCACAUUAUUUACAACCCCAGUAUUGAACAAGAAUUCUGCCUGUACUAGUGGACCACUUGAACCAGUCCCAACUUUGAAGGAAAGUUCAGCUUUUAGAGAUAAGCCACCGCCACUACCACCACCUCCUCCUCCACCUCCACGCCAGUUAACGACAACCCAAGUAUUGAAUGCAAAUUCUUCCUCUAUUACUGAACCACCUCAACCUCCACCUCCACCUACUCCACCUUUGAAGGAAAAAGUUGUUUCCCAAACUGGAGCGCCGCCACCUCCGCCUCCACCUCUUCCUGGGCAACCUAUGAAGGAGAACUCCUCGUUCAAUGGUGGACCCUCUCCACCUCCACCCCCUCCUUUGCCUGCUUCACAAACUCCUAAGCCUGCAAACAUAUCUGUUAUGCCGCCUCCUCCUCCUCCUCCUCCUGUGUUGGGUUCUCCACAGAGUGUUCCUUCCGCUCCCCCUCCUCCAGUCCCUUCUCUUAAGGGGGAUCUAAAAGCAGGUUCCGGUCUGAUACAGUCGGCAUCAAAAGGUAGUAAUCUCCCUGGUUCUCCGUCUCCACCCCCGCCUUCUGCUCCUCCACCUGGCUUAAAGGGGCGAGGACCCUUGUCUCGUACCAUGAAUUCAAGAAGCCAGUCAUCAAAGAAACUGAAGCCAUUACAUUGGUUAAAGAUAUCUAGAGCAGUCUCAGGAAGCUUGUGGGCUGAGGCUCAGAAAUGUGGUGAUGCUCCCAAGGCACCAGAGAUUGAUAUAUCAGAGCUUGAAUCCCUCUUUUCAGCUGCAAUUCCAACUUCAGGACAAGGCAGUUCAGGAGGGAAAAGGAAUUCGAGGACCUCACUGGGGCAGAAGCCGGAGAAAGUGCAACUGGUUGAUCAUAGACGAGCUUAUAAUUGUGAAAUCAUGCUUUCUAAGGUGAAAAUACCACUGCAUGACAUGCUGAGCUCAGUGCUUGCACUGGAAGAUUCAGCAUUAGAUGUGGAUCAAGUGGAUAAUCUGAUUAAGUUUUGCCCGACUAAGGAGGAAAUGGAAACUCUCAAGGGUUAUAAAGGAGAGAAGGAGAAGUUGGGUCGAUGUGAACAGUUUAUGUUAGAGUUGAUGCAAGUACCACGAAUAGAGUCCAAGCUGCGAGUUUUUUCGUUUAAGAUUCAGUUUGAAUCUCAGGUUUCUGAGCUAAGGAAGAGUCUGAAUGUUGUGAAUUCAGCAGCUGAUCAGAUCAAAGGUUCAUCAAAAUUGAAAAGGAUUAUGCAAACAAUUCUCUCUCUCGGAAAUGCUUUGAACCAGGGAACCGCUAGAGGUUCUGCUGUUGGAUUCAGGUUAGAUAGCCUCCUUAAACUAACAGAGACACGUGCACGGAACAAUAAGAUGACUCUCAUGCAUUAUCUUUGCAAGGUACUUUUUGACAAAUUGCCAGAACUGCUAGAUUUUUCUAAAGAUCUUUCUAGCUUGGAACCUUGCGCAAAGAUACAACUGAAAUUUCUCGCAGAGGAAAUGCAAGCUAUUAGCAAAGGACUUGAGAAAGUUGUACAAGAACUGUCCAUGUCUGAAAACGACGGAGUUGUGUCUGAGAACUUUCGUAAGGCCUUGAAGGAGUUUCUUUGUUAUGCUGAAGGUGAAGUGAGGUCCUUGGCUCAACUUUAUUCCGGUGUGGGUAGAAAUGUUGAUACAUUGAUUCUUUACUUUGGAGAAGAUCCAGCUCGUUGCCCAUUUGAACAAGUUAUCUCAACGUUAAACAACUUCCGAAGGAUGUUCAAUCAAGCCCUAGAGGAAAAUCGAAAGCAGCUGGAGUUCGAGAGAAAGAAAGCAGAGAAAGAAGCAUUGGAGAAGCAGAAGAUGAGUAAUUCAGAGAAAACUUGACCCCGUCUGCGUAGUCUGAAAUAAUGUACUCAUAUACGAAAACAUCAGCAUGUCCGCACACAAAACACAAAGGAAACUGUUCUUUAUCAUGGCAAAGCUUCGCCGAGAUUGAAGGGUUACAUGACGGUAUAAAGACGAUGUACAUUUUCUGCGGAAAAAUUGGAGAUACGUUGGUGUAGGUUCGAAUGCGACCCACAGUGUUCCUCUUUUAUUCUUGUUUAUAUAAGAGAAUCUGAGAGUUUAUGGAGAUGGAAUUACUUUGGGGCGGUAGGCAAAUUGUACAUAUUUACUAGGAAGAAUGUAGAAGUUCUUGGAGAAGAUGGCUUUUUUUAUUUUUUUUAUUUGUAAUAACAUAGAAAUUUGUUUUUCAUCAUUUUGUUUGCUUUCAGCUAUUAGUUUCAUUUUUUAUUAUCCUAGGUACAUCUAGUUGUGGUCAUCAUCCUGUUAAAAAUAAAAUUAGUUCUUCAAGAUAAGUUCCUUUUUUAGCCAACUAUAAUUCAUAAA